GUUCAUGAUAAAGUAGCAGUAGGUACUGUAAUCCUACUCAAGCAGCGAGUCUCUCGCCCUGUGUAACUUGCAUCUUGUAAAGAAAUAAUUUCUCAGUCUAUGAGUGAGGCAGGAUUGGGAUUUAUGCAACUGCUGCUGCACUUUAGAAAUAUUUUUCCUUAUGAUGUAAUGUACAAGUGUUGUUAACAAGUCUUUGAUCCUUCUCAGAUUAGUGAUAGGGGAUGCCCCCUGAGAGGCCGCCUCCUCCAUAUUGCCCUGGUGCUCCACCCCCUUACAACCCUUCCCACACUGUAUACCCUGCAGGGCCAGCCCCUCCAGCUGGUGCAGCACCCUAUGGUGUUCCACCUCCAUGGGGGGCUUUCUACUCUCCCCCACCUGCCUACCACCAGGGCUUCCCAGAAGGCUACCCAGCAGGCUAUCCUCCUGGUUACCCUCCACCAAGCCAGCCUGACGGCCCGCCGAUGAACCCUGGUGGAUACUCCUUGUAUCCUGAUGUUUCACUGUUACCACAGCCAGAGGCAGGUAAAUCAUCCCAUACUGAUGUUAUGUGUAAUUAUAUACCCAACUCAAAUAGAAGACCAGACCAAUAUGGCUUGAAUGGUAUUCUGUCCCAUUCCAACUCGACACCACAUCAACUUUCCCUGCAUAACAAUCUGCCCAACCCAUAUCCUGAACUUAGGUAUGGGAUUUUAGCAUCACCUUCUGUACCAGUACAGUCUUACCCUGAUACCCUGCUUGGAGAUAUUCCUUAUUAUGGUAGUGAAGCACCUCAGAAUUUACCUACAGCACCUCCAGAACCACCUCCUCCAUAUGAGGCUAAUUGCUUCACCCAUGAUUCACCUUCCACCGCCCACACCAACCUGCAUGUCCGCCCAAACUACGCCCAGGCGCAACCUCCCUCUUGUGUGCACCCUCGUCCCACUUCUGGUCCUACUACCAGUACUGACACUAAACGCUUUCAGCCUCCAGUGCCCCUUGGGUUUGUGCAAGGUGGAAGGGGUAACCCAACUCCCCCAAAAUUUAGUCCCCGAAUUCCUGUACGCCCAGCACCUGCACCACCAUGCCAAAGUCCAGGGGACCUUACAUCAAUGGGCCCACCAUUACCUGACCACACAUCAACAGGGCCAGUGCAGAAUACGAAUGAACUUCCUCUAAAGGAGGGAGAAGCUCCCCCUGGUUGUGUGGUGGCAUGGAGGGGUGGGGAAGGCCUCAAGGUGUUUUUCUUACAGCAAGAGGGACACAUUGUCUCUCCCCACAGACCUCUCCUGAUGACCAUCUACAAAAAGAUUGGUGGUAGCCCUUGUGAAGGCAAUGAGAAUUUGGUGGGAAUGGUGGAGGUUCCUGGCUGCUGGCGACUGAGAUUGACAGGCUCCACCCAUGUUCUUCAUACAUCUGAGAAUGCUUACAUCUUUAAUGAUAAUUCAACCUGCCCAAAGCGUGUGGUGGUGCUCGAGUUACCUGCUAAUGUAUCCAAGACAAUGGAGGCUGAUCUCUUGGCCCUAAUGAAUGAACUAACUGACCUGAGGGAUGAGGAAGAGGGUGUUGUUGGCAAGAUUGCUACAGGUGUAAGCACAGUGUACACCGAUCUGACAAAGAAGUUGAACACGGUAGUGAAAGAAACAGUUCCUGGUGCACACAAGAGCACCAAGUGGUUAAGAAAAGGCACUGGGUCUUUGGUGCGAAUGGGUGGUAGCAUUGUGUCCAAAGGGAUCCAUAUGAUAGCUGAUCAUGUGUCAGUAAAUGAAAAUCCACAGUUGGUGGAUUACGAAGAUUCGCCCGUCCACACUGAACUGCUCACAGCUUUAAAGCAGGUGAAGAAAUGCAAGGAAGAUGGCUUCAUCACCUAUGUAUGAUCUGGGGAUAUGAAAGUUUUUGAUUACAAUUAAAUGACAGGAAAUAUAGAAGACACAAUAUUAGAAUUAAGAUAUGCAUAAGAGGAGGAAAGACAUCACACAGCUUAAGAAAUUUUAAAAGAUCAAAGAAACAAAAAUAGUAUUAGAAUUAAGCUUUACUAGGAUUCACAAGUUAGCUGUUGCAUUAGUGUUAGCGCCAAAAAUAGAUCACAUUGAAAUGUACACGGUUGUUUCCGUUGGCACGGUUGCAGUAACGUUAUGCAUUUGCAGUACGUACAUGCCAAUUGCUCCCUGUAGCGAUUAAAAAUGCAAACACACUGCAACCACGUGAAUGGAAUCCUAGCUUUACACGAUAUGUACCACAGGUACUGAGAGGCAGUUUGUGGGGUGGAAUUUAUGAUAAGAAAUAUUUAUCUAAUGAUAUUGAACAUUAGUGUUGUUGAACUAAAAAACGAGGGUAGGCCAGUACUGUACAGUAAAUACAACAAACUUACUAAUGAAUGAUCUGUAAGAAUAUUGCUCUUAAGAUGUAUGCAUAUGGCUCUGUAAGUAAGUUAUUAUGAGAUUGUAAGUACCGUACUACUGUAAUAUCCUAAUUCAGAUUAAGAUACAGUGUAAGACACUAUGUAUCGUACAUGGUACAAUUUUGUGGAGAUCAAUCCCAAAUAAAUUUGACAACAGCAUAUCAGAUGUUGAUAAUAUAUGGUCAUGUCUUUAUGAUUUGUAAUUUAUCAUAUUGAAAAAAAAGCAGCAAACUAAUAUACUGUGCAAUGUAAAAAUGAUUUAAACUAGCAUUAAGAAGUUAUAGUAGUACAGUAUAUACAUUAAACAAUCUAGUGAUACAUAGCUUUUUUAAUGUCAAUAAAUGAAUACAGUAUAUAAUUAAAAAAAAUGUACACUUCAUAAGUAAUAAUUAUCUCAAUUACAUUUGCUUUAGCAGUGCUAACAAAUAUUAUCUUAUUAAAACAUCACAAACAAUA